ACUGUCUGCAUUGGUAGCUGUGAUGCAAUGACGCAGUCGGUGUGUUCGAAGCGUAAGGACUACUGUCUGCAUUGGUAGCAGUGAUGCAAUGACGCAGUCGGUGUGUUCGAAGCGUAAGGAGUACUGUCUGCAUUGGUAGCAGUGAUGCAACGACGCAGUCGGUGUGUUCGAAGCGUAAGGAGUACUGUCUGCAUUGGUAGCAGUGAUGCCAUGACGCAGUCGGUGUGUUCGAAGCGUAAGGACUACUGUCUGCAUUGGUAGCAGUGAUGCCUUGACGCAGUCGGUGUGUUCGAAGCGUAAGGACUACUGUCUGCAUUGGUAGCAGUGAUGCCUCUACGCAGUCGGUGUGUUCGAAGCGUAAGGAGUACUGUCUGCAUUGGUAGCUGUGCUGCUGUGGACUUUGUGAGGAAACCUGCAUGGAACUGCCAUACUUCACUGAGGGAAUAUCUACUAAGUACAUUCCCCAUGAACGGCUGUGCUGCAUGUCAGAAGUGUCGCUGCAUCCGAACGUCCUCUGCUUUCAUCUCUCCUAGGCUGUUCCACAGGAUAGAGAUCCUACCUCCAGGUGCCCACUGUCGUCAAACAGAGAUCAUCGUUACCAAGAAGGACAAAGCCACCGUCUGUGUGACUCCAGAUGCACGAUGGAUCAACAAAGUCAUUACCAAGUUACAAAGUAGCAACAAGAAGAAGAGAAGUGCAGAACUUCCCCAUCUCAACCACCAUUGAGUGAAUUGGAACAGGAAUGUAUCAAGUUGGAGCUAAAUGGAAAUGUGACACCAAUGUAAUACCAAUGUAAUACCAAUGUAAUACCAAUGUAAUACCAAUGUAAUACCAAUGUAAUACCAAUGUAAUACCAAUGUAAUACCAAUGUGAUACCAAUGUGAUACCAAUGUAAUACCAAUGUGAUACCAAUGUAAUACCAAUGUGAUACCAAUGUGAUACCAAUGUAAUACCAAUGUGAUACCAAUGUGAUACCAAUGUGAUACCAAUGUGAUACCAAUGUGAUACCAAUGUGAUACCAAUGUGAUACCAAUGUGAUACCAAUGUAAUACCAAUGUGAUACCAAUGGAUUCUAUUCAAAUAUGAUUCCAAUACCAAGUGAAUUAUUUGAUGUUAAAUGAUCUCAGUAUGUAUUGUUAGGUUGUUAUUGUUCAGAGUAAAUAACCCACGGACACUAGA